AUCCGCCUAUUUAGUAGUUUGCCCUUUUUUUAUCAGUUUUUAUUAUUUGUCGCCCUCAGUGGAAAAUAUUUUUGAAUAAUUUCCACUAAAAAAUCAAUCUCCUCCAAAUGGAUUUGGCACAACUGGAGCAAGAAGCUCGACAGGCAGCCCUCAAGGAUGUUAAAAACAUGCUCCAACGACCGGGUCAGCUGGAGAAAGUCGAUCAAUAUCGUCAUCGAGUGGGGCGUAAAAAAGCCUCUGUCGAGGCACUCCUCAAAACAGGAAUGCAAAAUCAGCUGGAGGGCGUCCGUGUUGGGCUAAAGCAACUAGUGACAUGCUUGGAAAAUGUCAAGGAUGUCGUGAUAAUUGUGAAAGAAGUCGAUGGUCUUUUGGCAGGUGUCCCAGAAAUCUACGAUGCUCUGGAAGUUGUCCGCGAAGAGAACACCAAACAUUCGCAAUAUGCCACUGCUAUGGAGAAUUUAAAGCACAUCUUCAAUGUGCAAUCGAGUGUCACAAAGACCAUGCAACUGAUUGACGAGGACAAGCUCCUAAAUGCCCAUCAGUGUCUUUCCGAUUUGGAGAAUUCUCGAGAUGACCUACUAUACGAAUUGCACAAGCAGUCGAAGCAACAUGCCAGCGAUAAGAUAACAUUGAAGAGGCAUUUUGAGAAAGUCGAGACUGUGUCGCAGGCUCUGGAGAAGAAGAUUCGAUUGAUUAUGAACCGCACGUUGAACACGGUGCGCAAGGAACCAGUUGUCAUUGUGACUGCAUUGAGAAUCAUCGAGCGUGAGGAGAAGAGCGACCAAUUCGCUCUGCAGCAACAGAAGGUAACUGGUUUCCUGCCACCAGGUCGACCCAAGAACUGGCGUCAAAUGGCCAUGAAUGUUCUGCGCGAAGCUGUAGUCACUCGAAUCGAGGGCUCCAAGGUUGAGGAGAGGGCCGACAAUAAACUCUGGCUUGUCAGAGACUUGGAAAUCACUCGACAGAUUAUCUUGGAAGAUCUGCGUGUGGUCAAGUCGUUGUGCAUUCCCUGCUUUCCACCACACUACAAUAUCUUCAACGAGUAUGUGAAGCUUUACCAUCAGGGCUUAUCUGACUAUCUUGAUGGCAUCGCUAAGGGUGGCUUGGAGGGCAAUGAAUACGUUUCGCUUCUCUCGUGGGUAAUGAACACGUAUCCUGGCGUCGAGCUCAUGUCUCACCCCGACCUCAAGGUCGACGUCCACUCUCUGAUCGGUCCGCUAUUACGAGCUGACCACUUGAAAUCCCUCGAAGGGGAAUACCUCAAUAACAUGCGUAAGAACUACCAGGACUGGAUGAGUAAGGCUUGCGAAACCGAGAAGCAGGAAUGGUUGUCCGACAGUCCACCAGAUCAGGACGAACAGUACUAUCAGAGCUCUGCCCCAGUGAUCAUUUUCCAGAUGAUUGACCAGCACCUGCAGGUGACCAACACAAUUCACGUCGAACUCACAUUCAAGGCUUUGGUCUUGAGCAUUCAACAAAUGGAGAUCUUCGGUCAAAGCUACCUGCAAGGAGUGAUCGAACUGAAGGAGUACCACUUCCGCAACCGAGACCAAGUGAAGUUCUUCACGCACUACAUAAUCACCAUCGUCAACAACUCCCAGCAAAUGAUCGAACUCGCCCAGCAGAUGAAGCAGCUCUAUUGGCCGAAGUCCCGCACCGAACACUACGAGGAUUUCGAGAAACUCCUGCAGACCUUCCGAAGUAUCCGCGACCAUGCAGUGGGCUAUCUUCUCGAAGAAGCCUUCCUCGACAUGGAGAUACACUUCAAUGAUCUGUUCACUCUGAAAUGGUUGCAGACAACAGUUUCCGUGGACACGAUUUGUGCGACUUUGGAUGAUUACUUCCAGGACUACAAUCACCUGCGACCCGUCAACUUUGAGUUGGUGAUCAACGAGGCCCAGAAUUUGGUAGCGAAGCGCUACAUAAAAGCUCUGCUCUCAAAGCGUCUCUCCAAACCACGGCAAGAAGUCGAAGCAGUCACAAAGAAAAUCAAUCAAGAAGCUCGUCGAUUCAAGUUCUUCUUUGAGAAGAUAGCCCCCAAUGUAUCCAUGUCCGAGUCACCAAUCGAUCUCAUCGCGACUCUGGCCAAUUUAUUGGUUUGUGAUAUUGAACUCUUGGUCUUAGAUUUGCACACUCUCCUGGGUAGUUGUCCAUCGUUGAGCGAGGAUCAUAUAACUAGGCUGUUUUACAUACGAAACGAUGUUAAGGCGAAUGAGAUAAGGGAGAAGGUUCAGGACGCAAUGAAGUCGAAAAAGGCAAUGGUUAGUAUUGCUAAGCAAGACUGCAUAUUCCGUGAAAUAGUAUUUAAUGAUAAACUGUGGUAAAUAAUUAUUAUAAUAUAAUUUAUAAAAACAAAAACAAUAAAAAAUAAACAAAGAAUUUUAUGA